GAACGUUCCACGUUGUUUGUCCCUGUAUGGUCUAUGUUGAGUUGCAUAUCAUUGUCAACUUUCUGAUAUCCCCCUCUCUCUUCACGUCCCUGUUCAAAUUCAGGCUUACUCUGUUCUACGUUCUCACAUCCUACCUUCUCGUAAAUAAUCUCUCGGCGGGUCCGGCAUUUAUUAGAUUUGUACUAUUUAAACCAGCUUUAUCUGAAACAUAAUGCCAACCUCACUACGCGCCCUCGUCGUUCUCGCCGCCUUGUCGCUCGUUUCGAACAGUCAAGCCCGCCCAGCGGAAUACAAUCCUGUCGGCUCUGACUUGUCCCCUUCUAUCCCGGGCCCGGCCUUACCUAUGGAACCCGCUUCUCUACUGGGACGCUCAUACACCCACCAAAAACGCGAUCCAUUGAUCAUCAUGGACCCCGCUCUCAACAAAGGCAUGGUGACACCGGUGCCUUCGACUCAUCCUCCACCCUCUUCACAUAAGUCAACAACGAAGAAAAAGGUCAAGACUAGACAGUUGCCUAUACCCUCUGCACAGGAUCUCUCAGGGCUCACGGAUCUCGCUUCGAACCACCGUCGAGGCGAAACUCAUCCUGUGAACUAUUUGUCGAACGUUGAGGCCGUACCUCCGCCGAGGCCUGAAUCACCCGCACCCACAUCCGAGCCUAUACCUGAACCAGUUGAUCCCCAAUUCCCGGAGGAACAUUACCGACCCUACAGGGUGAAGGAGGCCGAGUCCAAGGAGAAGGCGAAGGAGAAGAGCAAGAAAAAGGAAGAAGAAAAGAAGCAUGAGGGGAAGAGCGAGUCGAAGUGGAAGUCGAAGGACGAGAAAAAGAAGGGAAAGGAUCAUUGACGACGUCGCCAGGUACUGGUGAUUUUCCGUUCACAUGGAGCCUGUAGUGUACUUUUGUACGAACUCGGAUGAUUAAAGUUGGUUGGAAAAUCAACAUGUUCCAUCCAUGCCUUCGGGUACAUUGAUUGAACCUCCAAGAGCCCCCAUCUCAGCUAAAGUAUUAGAGAAUAGGUCAUCGAACCCUUGUUGUAAGCCAAGUCUCUCCAAAAGGAUAUCGUAGGUCUCUCCGCUCGUGUCCAGCUUCUCCAGCCACUCUUCCAAUUUCGCCGUUCCGGAUAUAAGAAGACUCCUCAACCGUGUGCGUUCUGUCUGGCUCAUAGGGGUAGACCGGACAGUCGAUUGACCAUCCUCCGAGGUAUCGACUAUGAUAUCACGACCGGUGCCUUCCUCAGGAUCCCACGUUUGUGAGCGUAAAACGGCUAGCCAGCCUCGAUCAAGGUCGUUCAGCCAGUCAAGAAGUUGAGAUAGAAUCUGAACAUCAGGCUUGUAACCUGGGAUAGAUUCCAUUGCGUCUCCUGACAAGCGGAGCAGAAAUGUAGUGCGUAAGGAUGUGGACGGAUCUAUGGGCGGUAUUUGGAGAAUGAACGAGAGUAACUUAUGGGUCUCUGUCAGAUAUGAGGGGAGACUUUGUAGCGACGAAGAAGGGUC